UGGCUGCGUCCGACAUCCCUCGCGAAGAUUUGUUGGUUCUACUUGAAUCCAUGGGCAUACGACUUCCUAGAGAAACCAAACUCCAAUCUGAAGAGCUGCAAAAGCGCCUGACACAGGCCCUGGAUGCCGCUCAAGAGUUUCAGAAUGUCUUCGGGUCCAGGGCCGUCGCCGUCGACCCAACUGAAUAUCCACUCUGGUCAUCAGAGAAAACGCUGCUGGAUGCGACGAAACGGGGCGGCACCUGGAGCACGAUCACUUUCGAGAAGGAGAACAGCAAAGGCCUCCGACUCGUUCUGAAUAAGAUGGAUACUCCUGCGGAAAUUAAGGCCAGAAACCAGGUCGAAGGGAGAAUAGAAGGGAGCUCGCCACCCAACGUGCAUGGGGACAAGGAUUUCUUGGUCAAGAUUCAGAUUUCCGUGUUCGCCUUUGGUGAUGAGGCUCAUAUACUCAUCUACGACCGUCAAAGGAGCUUCCAGGUCUCCUGGUUGAGAAAUAGUGACCCGGACCUGUUUGACAACGCAGAGGAAAUCAUCGGCGAUGCGCUGAAGAUUUAUCGGUGUGGCUCAUUCGAAGCCACUGUUCGGCACGUAACAAUCGAGGAUACCCUCCAGCAGGAGACCUUUACGUCUCUAUUUGGGAAACCUUAUACUUUACGUCUGUCCGACUCAGAAAGCUCAAGUUCUCGGCCAUCCAAGUCGGAAAGCCACCGCGAAUGUGUUGGGAUCGCUUCCUUACCCGUCGAGCUGCUCUCCAUCAUCUUCAACCUCCUUGCAUCGUCAACGAGAGCCCACAAGCUACCCAUCGCGCACUACAAGCGGCACAUCAAGAACCCUCGUACUUGCGAUUGCGUACGGCGUCGGGUUUGCGACUUCGAGCCCAGGGAGACAGACUUCCCCUAUGCCCAGGCGAAGGUGUGCAGGCACUGGUGCGAUGUCCUGAGCACGCACCCUUCGUUCUGGACUCGUGUUGUGGUAUCCCUUGCCCGUGGAGAGUACACGCCCCCUGAAAGACUCGCCGGCUACCUACGGUGGUCGCGCGACCUCCCAAUCGAAGUCUACAUUGGCGAUAUCCGCGACAGUCCUCGACAUCCUGAUGAAGGCACGCUUUUGCAGACCUACACGGACAUCUUACGCCCGCAUUUCCACCGCUGUCUAGUGCUUCGUUAUUCCUGCACAAGACAACGCAUCACAUCGCUACCGAGACUCGUGGUCAACAAGGACAUAUUUCCUGUUCUGAAAUGCUUCAUCUUUAAGAUCCAUAAUGAUACCCCAGAUUUUCCAUCUGAAACUAUCCGGAGGUUCCGGGAUUACAUAGAGGACAACAAUACGUCUACGCAUGCCCGACCUUGCGGUCGUAUAACUAUGGCUGUUGUUGGUUGAC